ACUAUUAUUAUUAUUGGAUGAUGAAGUUGUUUAGGUACAAUUAAAUAAUUAAUGUGCAGUAGAUGUGGGCUCACUGGUUAGAUAUUAGUAGAAGUUUUGUACCUGUGCAUUCAGGCCCAUAUUUUAUAAGACCUCAUGUUUCUUGAAAAAAAAAAAAAAAAACAUGUCGACCUGGAUAAAGUAAGGAGACAGCAACUUAAACUAGGACAAAAAGUGUGAGGCAGAGGAUGAGAGAAAAUGUAAUGAAAGGAGAAACAGAGGCGUAACACAAUGCAGAGGUGAGAUUAUUAUGUAUUUGGGCUUUCAGACGCCUGUCAAAACACAACAACAAUACAGAAAAUAUACAAAUAUAAAGUUUAACCAAAAUACAGACUUUACAGCAACAUUUGUUAUAUUUUUGAAAUGCUGCUUAUUAUUAUUAUUUUUUUUUUUUAAUAAUUAAAAAAAAAAACUUACACUUUUUCAUUUCGACUUGUUGUCUAGACAGUAUUUGUAACGCGGGAGGUGUGACAGUGGAGCUGAGGAUCUAAAUGCAGGCUUUAUUGCAAGAGUGGUCAAAACAGCAAUAAACAUGUAUAAUCCAGGGCAGACAAAAGAGUAAUCCAAUAAAGGAGCAAUGGUCAGGGCAGGCAGCAAAUGAUCACAAAACCAGAAAACAGUCCAGGGUUAAAAAACAAGACAAAGAACAAGAAAACACAGGAACCGAAUGCUAAAGGCUAACAAUACUAGCAAUGAGUGAGUGUAAAACCAGGCUAUAAACAGGGUGAAACUGAUGAGGAAUCAAGACACAAGUGAAUGCAUUUAGAGUUGAUGAGUCCGGCAAAGGAUUAUGGGAAAUGUAGUCUGGGAUAGAGUGUCAAGAGUCAGAGGUGGAGUGCCCUCUGGUGGAGUUCAAAGGCACUCCAGCAGGAGAUCGAGACAUUAUUUCUCAUUUUCAUUUAGUUAGACAUACUACUAAAAUGACUAAAACCAAAGUAAAAAUGAUAAAAACUAUGGACAUAUAUAAAAAAGAUGACAAAAACAACUAAAUUAACAUUAAACUAAUACAGGUAUUCUUAUAACACUGGAUGCAUAAUAACACUGGAAUGAGAACUUGAAUGAAAAAUGUGCUUGAAUGUCAGAAUGCAAAGCAGAUCUAAAAAUAACUUCCAUGUUCUGCAUUAAAUUGGGGGUGAAAAUGAAGCCUGAUUGACGGGACAAUGCUGGCUCGAGGGGCUCUGUGAUCAUGUGAACAUGGGAACAAGAGACUGGCUUGCACAUCUGACAUCCCUAAAGGGACCCUGGAUGCUGCGAGACACAGACGCGCCGAGCACCAGCGCUGUUCCUCCAACCUCUGAGAGCGGAAACGCAAUGAAAACGUCAUGCAUUUUUGGAUGCUCAGCAGACGAGGGAUGAAUUUCUAGCCGGGUUGAGAUCAGGACGCGGCGUUUGGAUGCAGGAACAUGAGGAAGAGAGACAGCAGGGCACCAGCAGUGCCCAGGUGGGGGUUCUCCCAGAGGGUCGGGGCAGCGCUCCGGUCGAGGACAUGCAGGCGCUGUCAAUCACGUCUCUCUCCACCUCGGAGCUGGAACAGCAGUAUGAGCUGAUCAGUCCUUUAGGAAAGGGCACCUACGGCAAAGUCGACUUGGUAGUGCAUCGGACACAGGGUACUAAACUGGCUCUGAAGUACGUGAGUAAGAACAAGACAAAGUUGCGUAGUUUUCUGCGUGAGUACAGUUUGACGGCCGCGCUGGGCUGCAGCCCGUUCAUCAUCAAGGUCCUGAACACGCUGUUUGAGACGGAGGACAGCUAUGUGUUCGGACAGGAGUACGCACCUGCAGGGGAUCUGUUCGACAUCAUCCCACCUCAGGCCGGUUUGCCGGAGGAGAUGGUCAAGCGCUGCGUUCAGCAGCUGGGUUUGGCUCUGGACUUCAUGCACAGCAAGAGUCUCGUCCAUCGGGACGUGAAGCCAGAAAAUGUUCUGCUUUUCGACCGCGAGUGUCGACGCGUGAAAUUGGCAGAUUUGGGAAUGACACGGCGGGCAGGCAGCCGGAUCAAGAGGAUCAGUGGCACCAUCCCAUACACCGCCGCCGAGGUGUGCCAGGCCUCGGUAUCGGAGGGAAUCGUGGUGGCGACGACCCAGGACGUGUGGGCUUUCGGAGUUCUGCUGUUCUGCAUGCUGACUGGAAACUUUCCCUGGGAAGCUGCAUUGCCUAACGACGCAUUCUUUUCGGAAUUUCAGCGAUGGCAGCGGGGGGCGUUUCCUCCCGGCGUUGUUCCCUCACAAUGGCGGCGGUUUUCAGAUGAUGCUUUGCGCAUGUUUGGCCGGCUGUUGGCGUUGGAGCCGGAGCGGCGCUGUGGGGUUAAAGAGGUCUUCUACUUCCUUAAAUACGAUCUGCUCAAUCAUCACCGCCGCAGAGCUUCCUGUAGGGCGCCUAGGGGCGGUUCCACACAUUGCUCCGCCCACAGACACGCAGAGCCUUCUCCGCCUUCAGGCACUUCCUGUCUACGCCCCACCCCCCUCAAACGUAGCAUCCUGUCCGAACCGCAUUCUUCUAGGGAGGAGUCCUCCAAAAGCCCGUCUCCCAACCGUCAAGACAAGAGCAAAGUGAUGAUGACCACUCCCAUUGAGAUUUGUGUAUGAAGCCCAAACUAGAUAUAGCCGCAAAAAAGGUAGCAAUAUUACUUCAGAACUACACAGGAACAGUUAUGAAAGUUAAUAGAACUGCCAUAAAUGUAGGUCUAGCAAAACUAUGAAACCUGGUUGAUUUAGAGUAAAAGACAGGUCACUUUAGCACUAGAAACGAAUCUGUUUCACUAGGUAAACAUACUGAAUUCAUUAAAACUGCUUUCAUUUUAAAGGAAUAGUUCACUCCAAAAAGAAAUGGAAAUUUUGUCAUCGUUUACCUCAUGUCAUUCCAAACCCAUAGGAUUUUCUUCUUCCGGUGAUCAUGAAUAAAGAAAUACUGCACGAUGCUCCAUAAUGGAUCCUGAAAUGACAUAAAAGCACCAUAUUCUGAGUCCUCUAAAGCCAUCAUAGAUUUAUGUGAGAAAAAGUCCAAAAUUUAAGUCAUUAUUGACCAAAAAUGGCAAAAAUUGUACUUGUAGGAGUACAGCAGCUGGGUAAGUAAACUUAAAUUUAGACAGAUUUGUACCUUAUUUACCCCUAAAAGGUGCAUAUCAGUACCAUAGUGUACUAUAAUUUAUUAAUAUGCACCAAUGUAGGUAAAUUUAGUGGCAUUUAUUCACCUAAGGUACAAUUUGUGCAUUUUUUUCCUGCAUUGUGUCUGGUCAUUGACAUCAGUUCUAAUGUAUCUCGAUGUUUUCAUUUCGAAUUGAAUUAUAUUUGAGAGAUACUAUUUUUUGUGGUCUGUUUCUCACUUAAAGCUGAUCAUCAUGUGGUUUUACAAGACUUAGAAUAUAUUUUAUGAGUCGUAUAAACUACUUUUAUAGUGCUUUUUUGUCUUUCUUGAAGCAAGUGCUA